GGCACCCUGGGAAGUGUAGUCCGCCGGGUCUGAGGGAGAGGUUCCGUCGCGCGCCAUGCAGCCUUCUUCGGCGGCGGAGCGGAACAAGGGCCCCAUCCUGGCCGUGCUGCGGGAGCUGCUGGGCGCCGGGGCGGCGGGCAGGGCCCUGGAGGUGGCCUCGGGCUCCGGGCAGCACACGGCCCACUUCGCCCGGGCCUUCCCCGCCCUCUCCUGGCAGCCUUCCGAGGCCGAGCCCCGCUGCCUCCGCAGCAUCUCCGCCUUGACCAGGGAGCUCCGCCUGCCCAAUGUCCGACCCCCCAUUUACCUGGAUGCUUCCCAGAGCUGGGAGACCUGGGGCGGCCUAAGGCCGAACUCGCUGGACCUUGUCCUCAACAUCAACAUGAUCCACAUCUCGGAGAUGCCCUGCACUGAGGGAUUAUUCAGAGGAGCAGGAAAACUGCUGAAACCCAAAGGAGUGAUGCUGACGUACGGCCCUUAUUCCGUCAAUGGGUGCAUCACUCCGCAAAGCAACGUGGACUUCGACAUCUUCUUGAGACAAAGGAAUCCAGCCUGGGGCCUCCGGGACACAUCCGUGUUGCAGAAACUGGCUGAGAUGAAUGGGAUGCAGUUGGAGAGGAUGGUCGACAUGCCCGCGAACAACAAGUGCCUUAUUUUCCGUAAGCACUGACCACCUGUCCAUGAAGGUAUUUUCCCCAAAGGGCAGCACUUUACGGCCACGCUAUGGUCAACUCUCCAUCUGUAGCUUUGUGUCCGGCAACGUUUUCGCCCAGAAGCAUGAUGCUGGGUGGAAGAUGGGCCAAACAGGGGCUCAAGAUGGAGCUGAGUCCCCUAAAAUUUCUGGCAAAAAGUAGAAUAAGCCUCGAUGUCGUUUUGAUUUGUUAUUUAAAGGCACUGCUUUUGUUUAUCGUGGGCUGUACGUGCCUCAACUGGGGUGACCUGUAGCUCUGGUGAGCUUUUCUAUUGCCUUUUGUACACUAAGGAAUAGUUUGUAUUAUUAUAUUGUUCUGAGACUGCAAAGUAAAGAUGGGAUUGGUAUCUUUGCUUCUUGUAUAUUGACCUUCGUGUAUCAGAGCAAAGGGUUUUUCACUUGGUGCAACCCACAAACUUUAUGUCCUCUUUAAACUGCUUUCAAGAAGAGAAAGGCUUCCUCAAUGAGUUUGGAAAAUGUGUGGAGUGAUAGCUCUCUCUGGUGGCGAUCCGCAGAUAAGCAAGCGUUAAUUUUUUGGAAUCUGGAGAUGUGCAUGAAAUACUUUUUUACUAUAUGUGUGUUAACUGGAAAAUCAAAUGCAUGAAGUCGAUUGGCCGAGUUUGCAAGAACCUGGGAAAUUGGUUUGUAACUGUUGCUAUCCUGCUGCUGAAGAACCACUUUGCACAGGUUUCUCCAUGUGUGUGAGAGAGUCUACUGAGUACUAGCUGGAAAGAAGAUGGCUCUGUACUCAGAGAAGCCUGACUGUUUCUAAGGCCUUGUUAGCUGCUGAUCUUCACUGAGACAGAUUCAUGGACUAAAAAAUGAUUGCCUAUAACUGCUGGUUUCUGUAAGCAAUCAGAGGGACCAUUGUUCUAUUGAUCUAUUGGAUUUAGUAAAAGUUCCUGUGUUACUUUC